AUGGAACAACAGGGAGCUAAUAUACCACCGUCUAAAAUUUACGGCGACAAAUACACCGACCAGGUGGUGCUUGUGACCGGAUCAGCGCAUGGGAUAGGACACGCUACUGCGGCCCUCUUUGCCAACCAGGGAGCGAAUGUGGUGCUUGGCGACCUGGAUGAGCAACAGCUCAAAAAGGUCGAGACAGACUUCAUCUCUGAAGGCAAGAAUGUGACCUAUCGGGUCGCCAAUCUGGCGUUGGAAGAACAAGUCAGCUCCAUGAUCGGCGAAGUGGUCUCCUCACUGGGCGGAAUCCAUGUCCUCGUGCACAUCGCUGGCAUCUACCCGUUUUGCCCCCUCCUGGAGCAAUCGACGCAAGAGUACAAAAAGGUCAUGAUGGUCAACAUGGACAGCUGCUUCUAUCUGACACGCGCGGUGCUUCCACACAUGCAGAAAGCAGGCUAUGGGCGGAUCGUCAACAUAGCCUCUGGCACCGUUUCGCACCCGGAACCUGGCCUGGCGGCCUACGCGGCAUCCAAGAGUGCCCUUGUUGCCUUUACACGGGCCACCGCUGCCGAGGCCGGUCCGGGGGUGACGGCCAAUGUCGUGUCUCCAGGCCUCGUCAUGACAGAGACCACCUGGAGCUCUCCUCACGCGAAACCCAUAUUUGACAAGGCCAUGGAAAAGCAAUGCGUGAAGCGGUACGGUCAGCCGAAAGAUAUCGCCCACAUGAUCAGCUUCAUCGCGAGUCCAGAGGCCGAAUUCGUCACGGGCCAGCUCUUCCAUGUCAGUGGAGGCAUGAUUUUCAAUUGA